AUGCCUGGGGAGUGUCAGAGCCCAGUGUGCAUCUUUGUGGUCAGCCAAACAUCCAGCAGCAAGAACAUUAGUGCUGGGAGCACUAGCAGCAGCAGCAGCAAUGGCAUUCGGGCAACAGAGGUGGCCAGGGCAUCCAAAGGGACAGUGAGUCCACCAAUGAAGGGGCAAUGGAGAUAUGGUGGUUUUGGAGGCAUUCCUGGUGGAUCUGGGGGCCGUGAGGGUUCAGGGGGCUUUCCCCUCAGCAUCCAGGAGGUGACCAUCAACCAGAGCCUCCUUCAGUCCCUGAACAUGGGAAUCGACCCUCUAGAUCAGGAGGGUGAAGACCAAGAGAAGCAGCAAAUCAAGAUGUUCAAUGACAAGUUUGCUUCCUUCAUCGACAAGGUGAGGGCCUUGUGGUUCCUGGAGCAGCAGAACAAGGUCCUCGAGACCAAGUGGACCCUCCUUCAGGAGCAGGGCUCCAGUUCUAAUAGCAACGACAACAACCUUGAGCCUUUUUUUGAGAACUACAUCAGUAACCUCAAGGCCUUCCUGGAUGGGCUGCACACGGAGAAGGACAAGCUGGAGGGUGAGCUGAGGAGCAGGGAGGAGACGGUGGAAGACUUCAAGAAGAGGUAUGAAGAGGAGAUCAACAAGCGCACGGCUGCAGAGAAUGACUUCGUGGUCUUGAAGAAGGAUGUCGAUGUUACCUACAUGACCAAAGUGGAACUGGAGGCCAAGGUGGAGACUGUGACAGAUGAGAUCAACUUCCUGAAGGCCCUCUAUGAUGCUGAGCUGUCCCAGAUGCAGGCAGACACCAGUGACACGUCUGUGGUCCUGUCCAUGGGCAACAACCGCUGCCUGGACCUGGACAACAUCACUGCUGAGGUCCGUGCACAGUAUGAGACGAUCGCCCAGAGGAGUAAGGCAGAGGCCGAGGUGCUCUACCAGACCAAGUUGGGGGAGCUGCAGACCAUGACCGGCAGGCAUGGAGAUGACCUGAAGAACACCAAGAGCGAGAUCUCUGAGCUCAACAGAAUGAUCCAGAAGCUGCGGGCUGAGAUCAAGAGCACCAAGAAGCAGAAUGCCAACCUGCAGACAGCCAUCGCUGAUGCAGAGCAGGGCGGGGAGCUGGCCCUCAGGGAUGACAAUGCCAAGCUCCAAGACCUCAAGGCUGCCCUGCAGCAGGCCAAGGAGGACCUGGCCAGGCUGCUCUGGGAGUACCAGGAGCUGAUGAAUGUCAAGCUGGCCAUGGACAUUGAGAUUGCCACCUACCGGACCCUCCUGGAGGGCGAGGAGUGCAGGAUGUCUGGCGAGUGCCAGAGUUCUGUUACAUCGAUGCCCCCCUUCCAGCCCCACAUCCCACUGGCUUGA